ACUCGUGAAUAGUUUGUUUGGCAUUUUGUUGACAUGGUUACUGGAAGUGGAACACUCAAGCACUUUCCUUAACCUGACAAACCGUCGAAUUACUAUUUUACUACUAUUGGGUAUCAUGUCAUGUUCAGAGGACAUUCAACCUGAUUGCAAGUGUCAGUUGACGUUAACGUUAUCGAACAAUAUAAUUCGCGAGGAAUUUCCUGAAAUGAGGGAUAGUUUUAAUCACGUACCCAGUAUCCAUGAGGUGGACGAAGAAGAGACCGACGAGGAGUACACCUACGAUCAGGAAGGCAAAAAUUCUGACCGAACCGAAACUGAACAAACUGUAGCUUUAACUAAGGAUACCGUGGAUGAGGAUACUAUUUACAGCAAUGAUUCCUUUUGCUCGGACGAAUCAUGCGAUGAGUCCGAAGGGACGAACGCCUCUUCAAGAUCUCUCGACGAUUCUCAUUUUUCGCCUCAAAUCACUAAUCGUCAAUGUAUCGAGGAGAGCAGCAAAAAUGAGGAAAAAAAGUGCGAGAAUGCGAUAUUGGAGAACAAUAUCACACAUUCGGCUCAGUCCGAGGACGAGAUAGAGAUCAGGCAGAUAAGGAACAGGCGAAGAAAUAUGAGCUUUACUGAUGACGAGUUACGAAAGAUCGAGUGGGAGAAUCAAAUUCUGUUGAAGAAGAUAAUGGCUCAACAGAGACCAAAGGAGAGAAUACUCCACGAAAACGUGCCACCCACGCGAAUUAGUAGUUCCGCAAUAAACAGGAAGAAACUGCAAAAGAAGAUAGAAAAUGAAAAUAUACUGCUGCUUCAAAGGAUACAACGGGCUAAGUCGCGCGUGGUGAACAAAAUGACAAAACCUGGUGGUAGACAAACGAUUUUAUAAUCUGUAACAAAUUAUUUUUGUACACCUUAUCUUAGGCAGAAUUUUGGUAUAUCUUUUUAUACGUACACUAUACAUUGUAUCUGUAAUGAAAACCUCAUUAUUGCGGUUGGUUUCUUGUGCCACUGAACAUUAAAUUGUAAGUGAUUUUAGUAUAAUAGAAAUGGAUGUAUAAAAUUUCUGAUAUACGAUUCCCUGUUUUGUAAUAAAGAUGGUUUUAUUAAA